AUGCUAGGUAUAUUGACCAUCCUCGUAAUCUUCAGUGUCUCUAUCCUUGCGGUCCCUUUCACGGAGAGCACGCAACUAGCCUGCACUGUAAACUCUGUGGCGUCAGCCUCUGACUUGUCAAAUUGCUCCUAUGUCGUAAUUGAAUCGUUCACCGUCCCCGACGGAGGUAGGUAUCGUCACUUAGAGAGCUUCCCAACGUUGUAUGGCGCUUUUGUCACGAUGGCAGGUGAAGUGACGUUUGCUAAUACCACAUGUGAGUUUCUUCUUCUUGCAGAGGGAACUGGCAUAACCUUUGACGGCGCUGGUAACACUUUCAAUGGCAAUGGCGCCUAUUACUGGGAUGGUCUGGGUACAAAUGGCGGAAAACCUAAACCGCACCCGUUUAUGAGGUUCGUCUUCAAGACCAGUGCAAUACUGAACUCCCCAGCGCAGGCGAUCUCCGUAGAGCCUGCUGGCCCCUUGACCAUAAACCAUGUCACAGUCAACAACACAGCCGGGAAUACUGAAGGCGGUCAUAAUACCGAUGGAUUCGACGUCUCUGCUUCUGAUCUCACGAUUAUGAAUUCUGUUGUUGAAAAUCAAGAUGACUGCGUGGCAAUCAACGCAGGAUCUAAUAUCCUAUUUGAAGGCAACUAUUGCUCUGGCGGACACGGAAUGUCAAUUGGAUCUAUCUCGUCUGGAAAAUAUGUUUCAGGAGUUACGUUCAUAGGAAACACCGUCGUAAACUCGAUGUAUGGCACACGCAUCAAGGUGGAUAGUGCCGCCACCAGCGGUGCCGUCAGUAAUGUAACGUAUACAGGGAACAACAUAUCCGGAUGUACGAAGUACGGUGUCCUGGUCUCACAGUCUUAUCCCGAAGACGCAAGCACUCCGGGAAACGAUACUACAAUCAGCAACGUCAACUUUAUAGGAAGCCCUACCACUGUCGAAGUGGAUUCGAAUGCAGAGAGAGUGACAGUUGACUGUGGUAACUGCUAUGGCACGUGGGACUGGUCGGAACUCACUACCACAGGAGGUGAAGCUGGCACCAUCGAUGCUGACAAGGCAACGGUAAGACCAAUUAUGAUAGUCGAAUGUCCACUCACAACCCUCAUCGUACAGAUCAAUGGUGGAUCGUUCUGA